CUUCAACUGCGGCGAGGAAGGGUUAGUCGCUCUGCCGUUGAAGGUUUUCAUGUCCCCGCUAACGAUCUCGUAGCCACAACAAGUCCGACUGUCCUCAGCCCUCUAAGCCGCGUGAGGGUGGUGGCGGCGGCCAGUGCUUCAACUGCUAUGAGUUCGGUCAUCGCAAGUCGGAGUGUCCCAACGAGCGCGUCAUGAAGUGCCGCAACUGUGACGAAAUCGGCCACUUGUCCAAGGAGUGCCCCAAGCCGCGCGACUAUAGCCGAGUCCAAUGCAACAAUUGUCUCCAGUACGGUCACACCCGCGUCCGCUGCCAGAACGAGGCUGCCGAGAACACCGGAGGAGGAGGUGGUAGCUGGGGCAACGAUACCGGCGGAGACACAGCGGCUGGUGGCUGGGACACUGCUGGCGAUUCCGGAGCUGCUACCGGAGGCUGGGGCAACGACAUGGGCGGAGCGGCAGCUUCAGGCGACUGGGCCAACGGCGACGCUUCCGGUGCCGGGGGUGACAACCAGUGGGGCGGUGCCGUCCCUGCCUGGUAGACUGCCACACGAAUAUCCCAUCGUGGAUUGCUGGCUCGUCGUCCUUUGUCGGACUUCAGGCUGGUCGGCUCCAGGUACACACAAAGUGCCUUUUGAAGGGUCACGGCGUUUUGGUCACGCAUAAGCUUCGCUAAGAGGUUGUGUGAUGGGUUCGGGAAACUUUCAAUGUCGGGAGAAUACUGCGGUAUUUGAGACGAAGCUGUUCGCGGCGAGGAUCAUACAUGCUCAGUCAGUUAGUUCCGCAACGACUACAGUGUUGACUGCAACUUCCCUGCUCUUUCUUCCGUGACGAAGAGUCAAUCGACUAAACAGCUCUCGAG